AAGCUGCAAAGAAUCAAUACUCCUCACUGUCAUUCAGCCUUACCCUUCUCCCAAAUCAGCAUUUAUAAGUGCUGCAAAAAAGGCACGAUUAAAGUCCAAUCCAGUCAAAGUACGCUUCUCUGAGGAAGUGAUCAUCAACGGUCAAGUGUCGGAAACUGUUAAGGACAAUUCACUUCUUUUUAUGCCAAAUGUUUUGAAAGUCUAUCUGGAAAACGGGCAGACCAAAUCCUUCCGCUUUGACUGCAGCACUUCUAUAAAGGAUGUCAUCUUAACGCUGCAAGAGAAGCUCUCCAUCAAAGGCAUUGAGCACUUCUCCCUCAUGCUGGAGCAGAAGACAGAGGGGGCUGGAACCAAGCUGCUCUUGCUUCAUGAACAAGAGACUCUAACUCAGGUGACACAGAGACCCAGUUCCCAUAAGAUGAGGUGUCUUUUCAGAAUCAGCUUUGUCCCAAAGGAUCCAAUUGACCUGCUAAGGAGAGAUCCAGUUGCUUUUGAGUAUCUCUAUGUUCAGAGUUGUAAUGAUGUUGUUCAGGAGCGAUUUGGGCCAGAGCUGAAAUAUGACAUCGCCUUGAGACUGGCCGCAUUACAAAUGUACAUCGCCACUGUUACCACCAAGCAGACACAGAAAAUCUCCCUCAAAUACAUCGAGAAAGAAUGGGGAUUAGAGACUUUUCUUCCCUCUGCUGUGCUGCAGAGCAUGAAAGAGAAGAACAUCAAGAAAGCACUUUCACACCUUGUCAAGGCAAAUCAAAACUUGGUACCACCCGGUAAAAAGCUCUCCGCAUUGCAAGCCAAGGUUCACUAUCUCAAGUUCCUCAGUGACCUGCGACUAUAUGGGGGCCGUGUGUUCAAGGCAACAUUAGUGCAGGCGGAAAAGCGUUCAGAAGUGACUCUUCUGGUUGGGCCCCGCUAUGGCAUAAGCCAUGUUAUAAACACCAAAACCAACCUGGUGGCCCUUUUAGCUGACUUCAGUCAUGUCAACAGGAUUGAAAUGUUUACUGAAGAGGAAAGUUUGGUGAGGGUGGAACUUCAUGUGCUAGAUGUGAAGCCCAUCAUGCUCCUGAUGGAAUCAUCAGAUGCCAUGAAUCUGGCCUGCUUGACAGCUGGAUACUACAGACUACUUGUGGAUUCCAGGAGGUCAAUAUUUAACAUGGCCAACAAGAAAAAUGCAGGAACCCAAGACCCAGGAACUGAAAAUAAAGGAAAGCAUAACCUCCUUGGCCCAGAUUGGAACUGUAUGGCCCAAAUGACCACAUUUAUUGGUGAAGGAGAACAAGAAGCCCAGAUAACAUAUAUAGAUCCAAAACAGAAGGUGGUUGAGAUGGCAGACAGCAGCGUAUGUCCAAAAGAUCACCGGCACUUGUACAUGGACAGCACAUAUAAUUCAGAUGAACUGAGCCAACCGCUGACCCAGCCUGGUGAUGCCCCGUGUGAGGCAGACUACAGAAGUCUGGCUCAGCGGUCCUUGUUGACUCUCUCAGGACCAGAAACUCUAAAGAAAGCACAGGAAUCUCCGAGAGGAGCUAAAGUGUCCUUUAUUUUUGGAGAUCUCGCCUUGGAUGAUGGCAUCAGUGCCCCAACUCUGGGCUUUGAAAGACUGUUAGAUGAGAGUCCAGAAAUGCUAGAAAAGCAGAGGAAUCUCUACAUCAGCAGUGCCAAUGACAUGAAGAACCUGGACCUCACUCCGGAUGCAGAGAGCAUCCAGUUUGUGGCAAAUUCUGUGUAUGCGAACAUUGGCGAUGUGAAGAACUUUGAGGCCCCUGCGGACAUAGAAGAGCCCCUCUUGCAUGACAUCUGUUAUGCUGAAAACACUGAUGAUGCAGAGGAUGAGGAUGAGGUGAGCUGUGAGGAGGACCUCGUAGUGGGAGAGAUGAGCCAGCCAGCCAUCCUUGACCUGUCAGGGUCAAGUGAUGACAUCAUUGACCUCACAUCUCUGCCCCCUCCAGAAGGGGAUGACAACGAGGAUGACUUCCUGUUACGUUCCUUGAACAUGGCCAUCGCUGCACCCCCACCUGGCUUUAGAGACAGUUCGGAUGAGGAGGACACUCAGAGUCAGGCAGCUUCCUUCUGUGAGGACAAGGAGCAAGGCAGCAGCCUGCAAAAUGAUGAGAUUCCUGUGUCUCUCAUUGAUGCUGUGCCCACCAGCACCGAGGGCAAGUGUGAGAAAGGACUGGAUCAUGCUGUCGUUUCCACACUGGAAGCUUUAGAAGCUCUGUCCGUGUCAGAAGAACAGCAGACCAGUGACAAUUCAGGUGUAGCCAUCUUGCGGGCUUACAGCCCUGAGUCUUCAUCAGACUCGGGCAAUGAAACUAACUCUUCUGAAAUGACUGAGAGUUCUGAACUGGCCGCAGCCCAAAAGCAGUCAGAAAGCCUCUCCCGCAUGUUCUUGGCUACUCAUGAAGGCUACCACCCCCUUGCCGAAGAGCAGACAGAAUUCCCCACCUCCAAGGCCCCCGCAGGGGGCUUGCCUCCCAAGUCCUCCCAAGGCCUGGCUGCUCGUCCAGCGACCGACCUCCCACCCAAAGUUGUGCCUUCCAAGCAGAUACUUCAUUCAGACCACAUGGAGAUGGAGCCAGAAACCAUGGAGACCAAGUCGGUCACUGACUAUUUUAGCAAACUGCACAUGGGGUCAGUGGCGUAUUCCUGUACCAGCAAAAGGAAAAGCAAGCUGGCCGAGGGGGAGGGGAAAAUUCCCCCGAAUGGCAACACACCAGGAAAAAAACAUCAGGGAUCUAAAACGGCAGAGAUGGAGGAGGAUGCCAAAGGCAAAAUUGGUACUGUGUCUUCCCGGGACAGUCAACACCUUAGCACUUUUAACCUGGAGAGAACUGCCUUUCGCAAGGACAGCCAAAGAUGGUAUGUGGCCUCUGAAGGUGGAAUGGCAGACAAAGGUGGACUGGAAGCAGCAACCGGGAAAGCCUUUCCCAGAGCUUCUGGUCUGGGAGCGAGGGAGGCCGAAGGGAAGGAGGAAGGGGCUCUUGAUGGUGAAGCCAGUGAUGUUCCAGGACUUGGCCAAGGGGACCACUUCUUAACAGAUGUGGCCUGUGGGUCUUCAGCCAAAGACGUAGACAACCCUGAGGAUGUUGACUCGCCCACUUGUGACCAUGUUUCCAAGCUUCCUGAGGCUGAAGAGAGUGUAGCCCGCCUGUGUGAGUACCACUUGGCCAAGCGGAUGUCAUCAUUGCAGAGUGAGGGCCAUUUUUCUCUACAAAGCUCUCAAGGCUCUUCAGUGGACACAGGCUGUGGUCCAGGCAGCAGCAGCAGUGCCUGUGCCACUCCUGUGGAGUCUCCCUUGUGUCCCUCUAUGGGGAAGCACCUGAUUCCAGAUGCUUCUGGGAAAGGUGUGAGUUAUAUCUCAUCAGAGGAGAGAGCCACGGGCCUUCCCAACCACGGAGCCACCUUUAAGGAACUGCACCCACAGACAGAAGGGAUGUGUCCACGGGUGACAGUGCCUGCUCUGCACACAGCCAUUAAUGCCGACCCUCUGUUUGGCACUUUGAGAGAUGGAUGCCAUCGGCUGCCCAAGAUUAAGGAAACCACAGUGUAGCUUUGACAGAGCCUGGGAAGGAGAGACGAGGAGGCAUGCCUUCAGCUUGGUCUCAACAUCCUGAAGCUGAUCCCAUCCUGCUACCAUCAAACAUUCACUCGGAAUCAAAGGUGCCAAUUCCAAAUCAAGACCCUAAUGAUUUCUCCCAAGCAAACCAGGCAUUUGGAGAGGCUGUGAGCUGGUGGCCAGCAGAUCUGAAAGGGGGGAGCCUCAGGACAUCCCCCAGCCAGAGGGCUCUCCAACAUAGCAGCAGUAUCCUCUCAGGACCUGUAGGUUUGGAGACCUUCCAAGAGAGAACCAAGGGUGUAGUCAGCUUGAAGUAUCCAGGUAUCACACAAGCACAGGAGACCAGUUCAGAAAGACGAGCAGAACUCCCCCUGGGGAAGAAGCUCACCAAAAGUUUUUCCCAAAGUUCGAUGCACUUUAGCUCUGAAGGGAGGUUUCACAAAAGAUCCCCAGUGGCUCAUAAAGACUCAAAGCUGUAUAGGACAUUACCCUUGCGGAAGUCAGAGGGCAGCAAUUGGAGAUGCCGUGGUCCCUUCAGCUACUGUUUCCUGAGCCAAGGGCAAGAUGAAGAUGGUGAUGAGGAUGAAGAGGAUGAAGAGGCCUCCCUUCAGGUCUCCUGCCUCUAUCGACCACAGUUAACUCAAGCUAUGACAGAACCAAGCAACACAUCCCUGGCUGCUGGGAUUCAGAAGCAAGGAGGGGAGCUGUCCAGAGGAUCAGUGCUGAAGGUCUGGGUAGAAGACAUGAAUGGCCCAGAUGACUUGGACUUCAGCAAUCUGGCUUUUGAUGCCCGGAUUGCAAGAAUAAAUGCCCUAAAGGAGAGCACAUACACAAUGCCCGAUGGGUUCCUUGCAGCCCAAAAUGAUGCCAAUGAGCUGCUGUGCCUCGUCAGGGCAACCAAGGGGAAGAAGGAGGAGUCACACCCCGAAGCAUAUGAUCUUACACUUUCUCAGUACAAGCAACUGUUAUCCAUUGAGUCCAGACAGUUGGGAAGUGCCUGUAGGAAAAUGGCGAUGGCUGAGAAAAGCCCAGAGGAGAUGCUCCUAGCUAUGACUUCCAGCUUUCAAGUGCUCUGUUGUCUAACAGAAGCCUGCAUGCGAUUAGUGAAAGUUGUAAACUCAGAAACACAGCGGCAGGAAAUUGUAGCCAAGAUUGAUGAAGUGGUCAUAAACUACAUUUGUCUCCUGAAAGCUGCAGAGGCAGCCACUGGAAAGACCACUGGGGAUCCUGAUAUUGGACUCUCGAUGCGACAUUCAACCACCAUGGCCGCUCUCGUAAGCACACUAACACGUUCUCUCAAGAUGCUUUUAAAUAAAUAAAUAUGAAAGUCACGUCAUAAUCUACCUUUGCAAAGCCAUACAUGAACUUUUAUUUACUUUCUGUGUAUGAUGAACAGAUGUCUCCUUUCUUCUCUCUGUAUAUUUUGUUAUUUUAUAUAAAAUAGGAGAUAAAAGUUACACUGAUGAAAUGUUGAAAUGUCCUAAUCAGAUAUAGUCUGUUUAUAUUAUACAUAUAUAUAUAUACAUUUAAAAGAAAUAUACAAGAAAGUGAUGACAUUUGACUAUUUUUCAUAUAGUCAAAACUCCAGGUAUAUGAUGUGAAAUUUUAAGUUCUGCCAUGUUAGAACAAAACAAUGAAUCUUUUCCCCUCUCCUUCCAGGUGGGUACUUGGAGAUCCUAUCACUCAUAUUUAGAAGUAAAAACCAAACAAAAAAUAGAAAAGAAAUCACAUUGUAUAUAAAACAUUACUUAUGUUUUAAAAUUAUGGUUUUUAAGUAUUGGAAAUAGCAAAAAGACAUUUAAAAUUCAAGAAGCUAUUAUGAAUUAUUAGAGAAUAUAUAUAAUAAAUAAUUUUUUGUGCAUAGUGUUUGGUUAUUGGAUGCUUUCUUCCAAGAAUCCUACAUAUUUAAUUUUGGUUUGUGCUAUGUGGGCUAAAGAUUGGUUGGGAGGUAGGGUCUAAUGUCAACACAAAUGCUUGUCACAGUGUUUCUAGAAUUAAAAAGCUUUCCAAAUAGAAGAACAGAGAGAAGGAUAGGCAGGUUCCUAGAUAAUACCUAGAGUUACUAAUUGUCUAAUUACAUUAAAUGAAUGCAAUUAAUAAUACCAAAAUUAAUUGUUUUAUGAGCAGAGAGAUGAGCUUUGACUAAAAGUCAAAAUAUAUAAGCCAAAGAUAUUAUCUUCCCCCAACUCCAACUCAGCCUUGAAGCUUAAAAUUCCCUUUACAGUGACAGAACAUUUAGUAAAUUAAUUGCAAAAUUCAAGAAAAAAAAAGAACAUUUAAUCAUCAUAAAAAUUCAGUACAGGCCCAGUAAUGUAAACCAGACCACAUACCAGCACCUGUAAGCACAGCUCAGCUCUCAGCAGGGUUUCCUGCAGCACCUCUACAGGAGCCAUGGCUGCCAACCAAAUUUGGAAUGCCAGCCUAAUACCAGGACAAAAUUUCAAAUCUGGAAUCCCAGAAAAUCAAGGAGAGAUGGCUACUCUCAUAAUAGAAGCCAUAAUUGAAUAAGUAAUAAGGUAUUAAAUAAGUACUAAAUCUGGAGUAGGUGACAGAAAUAAGAAAUCUGGGGAGGGGAAAGUAGUAAAUUUGACCCAUUUCAGUGAUAACCAAUGGAAUGGAAAGAAGUUUUCAGAACUAUGACCUAAGAAUAUAUCUAUAGGUCAAAACAAAAGAAUGCAAACUCUAUGAUCAUAAAAUAAAGUUGAUAUGUACAUAUGUAUUUCCUGGACCAUUCAGUGUUCAAGCUAUACACAUUCCUACUUACGUGACUCCUUAGAAUAUGACAGUAGUAUACCAAGUACAAAUAUUUCCAUCUUGUAGCCUACUGGGCAGGAGGCAUAACACAGUCCACAGUUGCUAUCUCUCUCUAGUUUAGCCAUUUAUUCCACAGAGACUAAACAACAAAAGCCACACCACACAUUUAUAGAUGGCAGCAAAGAAAGGAGUCCAGGCAUGAGUUAUUAUAAAUAAUGUUUAAUAAAUAAUAAAACAUUAUUUCAUUCCAAUUAUAAUUAUAAAUAUUGGUGUUUUGAUAUUGAGAGAUAUUAGUGGUGUUUACUGUGGAAAAUCUUAGUAAAUAUCAUUCUGUGUACUAUAAUAUUAACAAAAUAAUAGGAUGUGUGCUCUAUGUCAGACAAUGUGCUAAACAUUAUCGCAUAUAUUAUCUCAUUUAAUCAUCACAACAGUCUUAUGGUUUGGACACUAUCAUUAAUUUCUUCUGCAGGAAAUAUGGUUUAGUAGUUAAGGAAAUGGAGUUUGAGAUCAGAAACAUCUUGAGUUAAAUUUUGGUUCUGACAUUUUCUAGCCCUUUCAUCUUGGGAAAGCUAUAUUUUUUCUAAGUCUCAAUUUCCUCAUAGUGAAAUGGAGCUCAAUUUACAUAGGACUGUCAUGAGUUUUAAAUAAAAUUAUGUAUGUAAAGUUCUUACCACAAUAUCUGGCAGAGAAUUAUGUUAGAUAUUAUAAUCAUCAUAAUCAUUGUGAUAUAUUGCCCAAGAUAAUAUGUGGGGGAUGUUUGUUUUAUAUGCAUAUUGUAUCCUGACUGUGUGCCGAACACAUGUGUAUUGAAGAUAUAUAAAAGUAGUGUACAAGGAAGUGAUGAUCCUUGUUCAAAUCAUAUAUUUAGUUAGAACAACUUCCUAGUCCAUUCUAGUUCUCUGAGAAGCCUCAGGGAAAUAGCUCUGGGUCUUUCUAAUCAGUCUCCCAUUACCUAUGGCUGCUCCAGUAAGUUUCUGUUUCUUAUAAACAAACUCUUUACUACUCAGAACACCUCAAGGGACCCCUUUCCUGCACAAAGCAUGGGGCUCCUAUCUGGGGUCGAGGUCCACUAGAGUAUAAGAACAUAUUAGAAUGAUACUUGUGUUUAUUUUUAUCUAGCUUUUUUAUGUUUGUGUAUGUUUUAUAAUGGCAUAAUAGUACAGUGAUACAUGUACAUAAUUUUAAAUAAAUAAAUGAAUGAAUAAAUAAAUAA